AUGAUUUUGCCCUUCCUUAGUCGGCGCCAAGUGCAAAUCUUGAGCUCGGCCCUUAUUAUUUCUCUGUGUCUUUCCGUCUAUUAUUUCCUUGCCACGUCGGGUGCCAGACGCUUGACCCGGAUAUCCAAGCUUCAACCAACCGCAGAUACACGCCCCCCUCACACACCGACCGACUAUGCGGCCCCAACGUCCGAAUCGAUGUGGUGUCAGGAACGGUUCGGCCUGCGCUUCCUGGAGAAUAUGCGCAACUUCACUGGCUCCUAUUGCGACCCCGAAGCAAAGUCGUCGUUGAACUGCUUCUGGUCGGAGACGAAAAAGGGCCGCCUGGACACGACCUGCUAUGCGAGGGGGGCUGUCUUCGACCCUGAGCGAAAGGCUUUCCACAUCGACUGUCCUCUGCGUGCGGCCCAAGACAACGCCGCCGGGCUCCCUCGCGUACCGGACGACAUGCACGCAUACUGGUACGAAACUGGUCCGCUGCAAAUUCUCAACAAGGCCCUCCUCCUAGACGCCGCCGCCGCCGCACCGAGACCGGAUGCUGAGCGUACAACGAUCCUUGUCAAGCGGGAAGGCACACAUAAUCUGUGGCAUUCGCUGAUGGAGAUUAUGAGUCUCUCCUGGAGUCUCGAUGCGUUGCAGAUGUCAUCCACAGAAACGGGCGCCGCUUACCUGUCCCCGAGUCAGAUGAACUCUACCCAGAUUGUUCUGGUUGAUGACUUUGACCUUGGGCCAUAUAUUGAAUUGUGGCGUCUCUUCGCCCAGAAGCCCAUCCGGCGCCUGUCCGAGCUCGAUGCCGAGGAGCCGCCAAGCAACAUCGUUGUCCCUCUGGUCGGUGGCAGCAACCCACUCUGGCAAGGCGACUGGGAAGAGCUGAAAUGCACCGAGGCUUCCCUCGUCACUACAUUUGUUCGCCGCGUCCUGGACCUCUACAAAAUUUCGGACGCAGAUGGUGACCCUGCUCGCACCGGUGGCAGCGACGCAGACAUUGUCGUGACUUUUGUUGAUCGUAAAGGUGCCCGUGAGCUGGUGGACCAAGACGCCCACAUCGAAGCCCUCAGAGUCGCUGUCCCGCACAUGAAGUUGGACGUCGUCGACUUUGCUUCUAUGCCGCUGCACCAACAGGUCCAGGUGGCGCGCCAUACCGACGUGUUGAUCGGGGUUCAUGGCGCGGGCCUGACACACUCCAUGUUUAUGAAGCCUGGCGCGGUGUUGGUGGAAGUACUACCGGCGGAUUUCACUCAUAAAGGGUUUCGCAACCUGGCCCAGAUGCUUGGCCAUGGUUACUUUCGUACGCAUGCGCAGCCAGCGGCGCCCAAAAGAAGGCGUGAUUGGCAGCAAGACCCUGUUGAGAUUGAUCAACAGCGCCUGAUCGAUGCUGUCAGGGCCGGUGUACAAGCUAUGUAUUCAAGAGGGGGUAGGAGUUACGAUAUAUCAUAG